CUAAAAAAAGAGCAAGUGCAUUAGAUCUAGACUAGACAUCUAUACAUCUAGAAUCUACACAGAACUUAGAAGUGGAAAUGAACAAAAAGACAAACACAUUACCUAUUAUUAUGAUACAUUGAUUUGAUACAGUCAUCUUUAAAAUGAUUCCAAGAAGAAUCUCCCAACCCACAAACGAUUCAGUUGUACAGGAUGAAAGACCUUAUCGACGAGAUUUAAAAUCGUUUUAUGGUUUGGAAAAUGAAGACCCAGAUGCAGGAAAUCCAUGCAACAUUGAUGGAGCCCAUUUUCAGCCUGAAACUUAUCUAUCAAAACUUAUUCAGGAGAAAUCUCUCACUGACCUGAUGGAUGAAGAACAAAAAAUGGUGCGUGAAAUACGAGGACUAGACAGUGACAUGCAAACACUGGUGUAUGAGAAUUAUAAUAAGUUCAUAAGUGCUACGGAUACUAUUAGAAAGAUGAAAAAUGAUUUCCGUAAAAUGGAAGAUGAAAUGGACCACUUGGCAUCUAAUAUGUCUGCUAUCACAGAUUUUUCUGCCAGCAUCAGCGCCACUUUACAAGACAGAAGACAGCAAAUUACAAAAUUAGUUGGAGUUCAUUCCCUUUUGAAAAAACUUCAAUUCCUUUUUGAGCUUCCUGCUCGAUUAAACAAGUGCAUAGAAAUGGAAGCAUACGUGCAAGCUGUUAGGUACUAUACCAAAGCUCAGAGAGUUCUACACCAGUAUGAGCAUAUGCCCAGCUUCCAAGCCAUUCAUCGUGACUGUGAAACUAUAAUAAAACAACUAUGUUGUAAGCUGAGGGAAAAGUUCAAGCAGAAAGAGUCAACAGCCAAACAGCUGACAGAAUGUGUUGACCUAUUGCUUCAACUUGGUGAGCCCGCUGAAUCUUUGUGUCAGGAAUUCUUGUCUCAUGCCAGACACAAGCUGGAUGAAGACCUUGAGGAGUUGGAUAGACAGAUUAAACUGUACAUAGGUGAAACCACUCCUGGUACUGAGCAGAGGCCUUCUCAAGCUUAUGUUACGUCUGGUAUGGAUGUGUUAGAAUUUGUAGACUUAGGCUGCAAUGGAUUUCUAAGCAAUAUUUGUUUGGUGAUUGCUUCAUACAAUGAUAUGUUUUUGAACAGACCUCAAGCAGAUGAAUCACUAGACACCAUUGCAUUGAGAAAAUUGGUCAUUUUUGUGAAUGAACUGAUGGAACAAUACUUCAGUUUUGUUAGGAAGAGAGUUCAGCUUGAGAAAGAGACAGGGGAUAACACAAUCUUAGUCAGAGCAUUAGAUCGUUUCCACAGAAGAUUGCAAGCUAUGAACAAGUUGCUUCCAGAUACUGAUUUUUCAAGAGCUGGAACUGAAAUAGUUUCUAGAGGAGCUAAAGACAGAGUGGCACAUUACUUGCAGUCUCUCAAACAACAUUUUGCAGAUUGCCUAACAGACAUAAGGCAAAGUUUGGCAGCUCCAAGGCUAGUUGGUAAACAGGAUCAUAAUGCCAGAUUGUCAGACCUUUUAGGCAACAUACAGACAUCAGUUGUGGAACAAAUCAAGUCUGUAUUAAUUAAUUUACAGGCAUUUAUUGCAUCUGAUAUUACAUUUGCAAUGAAACCAUAUUUCCGUGGUCCAUUUUGUAGUCAAGAUGUUCGGGAAGGUUUAGUUGUGGCAUUUAUCAAGCAUGUCUGCUCAGUUUGCAAUGACUUCUGUGAAGUGUCUGGAGACAAAACAAUGACACCACCAACACUUCUUUUGAUUCUAUCAAGAUUUUGUAUUGACUUGGAAAAUGCAACAAUUUCUUAUCUGCUUUCUCUUGCUGAAGAGCAGUUUAUGGUGGAAGAUAAAACUUCUGUCACUACAAUGACGGAAUUGUUUGCUUUAGCCAAAGAAACUGGACAAAGACUGUUAAACCAUUAUGUUCGUUUCCAAGGACUAACAAUAUCACAGAUGUUGCGUAAAAGUGUUGAGACAAGAGACUGGCUAAAUACCAUAGAGCCACGUAAUGUAAGGGCGGUAAUGAAACGUGUUGUUGAAGAUAUUACUGUUAUAGACAUGCAGGUUGGCCAGUUGUAUGAAGAGGGUAUCAGAAAAGAACGUAGCAGUGACUCAAGCAGAAGAACUCAUGCACUUAGUUCAGCUGCUCAACAAAGUCGGAGACAGCAGUGGAAUUAUGCUCCUAGUGUUGAUAACAGUUUAAUGAGCAAUAUUCAGAAACUUUUCUCAGAGAAGAUUGAAAUAUUCAGUGCUGUAGAAUUUUCUAAAGUGUCAGUACUAACUGGAAUAGUCAAAAUAAGUCUCAAGACCUUUCUAGAAUGUGUACGUCUGAGAACAUUUGGCAAGUAUGGAAUUCAACAGAUACAGGUAGACACACACUACCUUCAACUUUAUCUCUGGAGAUUUGUCUCAGAUGAAAACUUGGUCCAAGUGUUACUGGAUGAGAUAGUCUGUAGUGCUGUGCAUAGGUGUGUGGACCCAACUAUGAUGGAACCAAGUGUGAUUGACCUUAUUUGUGAACGUGGAUAAGCAUAGGCUUAUAGUUUCCGAUGUCUGUAUUGUUGUGUUCAUGAAUAAAUCCAAUUUCAUUAUUAUAACAUGGAGCUUGAUUAUUUUAAAUUAAUUAAUAUCAAAUGGAUUUUAAAUUAACUCUUUUAAUGUAUAAAGUGUAAUUGUAUUGUGAUAUUCUUUUGAUGACAUUGAUUAUAUCUGUAUAUUGGCUGCUAUUUAUUUACAAUUCCAAUGUGUAAGUCUAACUGGAUUUUUGUUUUAAUAAGAUUUAUUAAAUAUGAUGGGACAAUG